AUGGCAUGGCAUGAUCAUGGUAUAGACAGCAGCUUCCAUGAGCAAAAGGUGCUGCUCCAGCCAAACAACCUAUUCCACUCUUUCACGAACUCCCCUUCGCCGCAAAUACGGAAACGAGCAGCCUUCAUGAGACAGAAUGCCUACUGUCCGCACCCACACCACCAAGCGACCCGAGCACCGCAGUCUCCGAAUGACCUAGAAGCACGAAAGACAGGAGCAAUGCCUCCUGCACAUGUUCGAUACGAGUGUCCGGACUGUGGUAUUCCAGUGGCGUGCAGUGAAGAGCAUUUCGCGAGCGACUACGAGAGCCACUUGGAGAUAUGCGACAUUCUACGAGAGAUCAACGAGGACGAUCAUGACCUCCACAGUGGAAGAUUCUUCGCCGAAUUCGAGUAUCCAGGACCGCACAUGGAGGAGGCGCAGGUCAACAUGACAAAUUGGGACACACUGCUCUAUACCAGAGAGUUUCAAGCUAUUAAUCAGGAAAGGGCGAUGCGACAAGUGACUCGCUUGUUGACAUAUCCCAUCACCAUUGGCAGCGUGUUACACGAGCUCAGUCCAUACAGCCUGAAGCAAAAAUUGCUUCCAGAGGGACUGAGAUCCUUAGCAGCUCUCCGCUAUACGCUUCACCCACCCAAGUCCGGUGGUGGUAUGGACAUCAAGGGCCUCCGGACACAGUCACCGCCUGUCCGACUAUUCAUCCUAGGCGCCAGAGCGGAAUCUUCUCUGCCCCGCGACGUCUGGAUGCAACUGGCAUACCUCUUCCCUCGUGCCACCUUCCACUUGAUCUUCAUUGGACCAGAAAGCAUGGCAAAUCGUGACGACGAAUUCCCGUUACCCGAACGAACACCACAGAAUCCAUUCGGUGCCGUAAUCGAGGACAGACUUGGAGGCGUCAUGAAGAUCAGCACAUACGUGGAAUAUUUCCACAAUCUCCACCAGGCUCAACACUUCUAUCCUUACGAUCCCUACUUUGACUGCUUUGUGCUCUUCCAUCCUGGAUUGGGACAUCCGGCGUCAAGUCAUGAGUGGUCAGAGACUUUGCCACAGCUUCUCGAGACGAAAGUACCAAUAAUCUGCACUGGCUACACUGAGUAUGAUAUGCAGCGAGAUAUCGAAUGGGUCAAGAGCAAUUCGCGAGGAGAAAUGGAUCUGUUGAUGACACCAGGGGAGAAUCGGUUCAGGAGUUUAAGAUGGGAUCUCAAUGAUCUUGAUCCUGGAGAUAUCAGUUGCGGAAACUGGGGCCUUUGGGCAUUCAGAGGCAAGCGAUACGAAGCUGAUCAGUACCGUGGGCAGGAGCAGCCUCAGUAG